AUGGUGUGCAAAAAGUCUCUCGUUGACUGGCGCCCAUGCGGGGAUUACCGACGGUUAAACACCUCCACUGUGCCUGACAGGUAUCCACUUCCCCAUCUCCACGACUUUUCAUCUAGCCUAGCUGGAGCAACAAUAUUUUCCAACAUCGACUUAGUCAAAGCCUUCCAUCAGAUACCCGUUGCUCCAGAAGACAUUCCCAAAACGGCGAUUACAACACCGUUCGGUCUGUUCGAGUUUGUCAGGAUGCCUUUUGGGCUACGCAACUCCGCCCAAACUUUUCAACGUUUCAUCAACCAAGCCCUCCGCGAUCUACCGUUCGUUUUUGUCUACGUCGACGAUAUUCUGGUAGCAAGUUCCAGCGAACACGAGCACCUACAACAUUUGCGUCUCAUUUUUGAACGAUUGAGCCAAUUUGGAGUUUUCAUUAAUGUUUCUAAAUGCGUUUUUGGCGCACAGUUGCUGUUUUUCCAAGGACAUCGCGUAGAUGCUUUUGGUUGUCACCCCAUAGAUGCCAAAGUUUCAGCUAUUCGCGAUUUCCCUACUCCCACUUCUUUUCAACAACUGCGCCGUUUUAUAGGCCUUGUCAAUUUCUAUCGACGUUUCAUUCCUCAUUGUGCUCAAUUAAUGCUACCACUUACUAACCUUUUACGCGGGAACAACCGUGAGUUUUCUUUACCUGACACAGCUGUAGAGGCUUUCAAUCGUGCGAGGAAGGCUCUUGCGGAUACAACUGUCCUUGUUCACCCUAUACCUGAUGCCCCACUUUCCAUUGUGGCCGACGCCUCCAAUUUCGCUAUAGGUGCUGCCCUUCAGCAACAGACGCCCACUGGCACCCAGCUCUUGGCUUUCUACUCUGUCCAAUUGACACCCCCACAAACUCGCUAUAGCACUUUUGGUAGAGAACUUCUUGCAAUUUAUCUAGCCAUUAAGCAUUUUCGUAAUUAUAUUGAGGGCCGAGAUUUUUGUAUUUAUACUGACCACAAGCCUCUUACUUAUGCCCUCUCUACUUCUUCUGACAAGUAUUCACCCCGCGAGGCCCGCCAUCUCGAUUUUAUUUCUCAGUAUACCACCGACAUUCGAUUUCUUAAAGGCCUUUAUAAUAAAGUUGCUGACUGUCUUUCUCGGCCUGGCAUUAAUGCCAUCACCCGCCCUUCCAUCGAUUUGGAGCGCAUGGCAGAACUGCAAAAUCAGCCGACUUUCAGUGAGAGCCUUCAACACACUAGUCUUCAACUCGAAGCCAUUCCUCUUUCCACCACCCCCGGUACAAUCUUGUGUGACGUAUCGCGCGGUGCCUCCCGACCCGUAGUGCCAAGCGAGAUGAGACGAGAUGUUUUUGCCGCGUUGCACAAUCUAGCUCACCCUGGCAUCCGCACUACCCAGCGCCUCGUCAGCGAGCGGUUCGUUUGGCCAAGCAUGAACACUGAUAUACGCCAGUGGACCCGUUCAUGUUUGGCCUGUCAGAAGGCCAAAGUCGGACGGCACAACAAAGCCCCCAUUGGCACUUUUCUCGCACCCGAACCACGUUUUUCACAUGUCCAUAUCGAUCUGGUAGGUCCCUCUCCAACAUCUCGUGGUUGCAACUACUUACUUACUGCGACUGACCGAUUUACACGUUGGCCCAUUGCAACUCCCAUACCUAACAUAACUGCAGAUUCCGUUGCUCAUGCUUUUUCGGAACACUGGAUUUCUCAUUAUGGCGUCCCCUCAACCAUUACCACCGAUCGAGGUCAACAAUUCGAGUCUAGACUGUUUAACAGCCUUACCAACCUCCUCGGAUGUUCUCGCAUACGCACGACAGCAUACCACCCCUCAUCCAACGGUUUAGUCGAGCGUUUCCACCGGCAACUCAAAGCCUCGCUCCGAGCUCAUGAAAACCCUUCCCAUUGGAGCGAGCAUCUGCCUUUGGUCAUGCUCGGUAUCCGUACCGCACUCAAGCCCGACUUGGAGUGUUCCGCUGCCGAACUUGUCUACGGUACUACCCUACGGAUUCCAGGUGAUUUUUUCGGGUACUCUCAAAGCUCAGCCGACUUGGAUCCCAGCGAUUAUGUGCAAAGUUUGCGCCAAGCCAUGACUCAUCUUCGAGCCACUCCUCCACGUCCUUCAACAAGUAAGUCAUACGUCGAACCAAACUUACUUACAUGUUCUUUUGUAUUUGUCCGCAUAGAUAGCGUUCGCCGGCCACUACAACAGCCCUAUGACGGCCCAUUUCGAGUACUAUCGCGCAAGGACAAGUACUUUACAAUUGACCGUGGAGGCCGCACCGACGUGGUUUCAAUCGAUCGCUUGAAGGCGGCAUAUACCGAGCCUCUUCCAACUUCUCCAAUCGAACAACCUCCACUUGGCACAUUGCCACUUGCUAUUUCCCAGACUCCAUUUACGCCCAAUAACCCUGCGUCUUCCCUUAUCCCACAGACUCCUCUCCUUACGCGCAGUGGUCGUCAUGUCCGUUUUCCCGAACGUUACCAACUUGUACAAUAUGCAUAACACUCCCACAUUUUCCUUCUAUUAACAAUAUUUUUUUUGAACUCCGUUCUCCUAGGAGGGGGAGUAUUGUAGUGACAUUGAAGUCUGUUUUGUUUUAAUCAGUUACAAUACGCUUCGACACAACUUUGAAUAAGACAAACAACACGCACGUGCACUUUUACCUGCCGACGACUUUGUUCUUAUUUACUAGUUUGUAACUGUUGGGAUACUGCUAUUUUCGUAUCCUGGAUAGCCUACUCGCUGUGCCCAACUAGUGGGUUUGUCUCUUACAAGUCUCAUUUUGAACGGUCGAGUGUAGAAAAGCCCUAGUUCUGACUCUCAAUACCCUAUGUGAAAAACGUAUAAGAGGCGACGGCGAGAAUACUAAAACCUUUUGGGAUUGGCGCGUCUCAUAAACCAGAAUGUCCCAUCAAACAGUAAAUCAUAAAUCAAAAGACCCGCUACCAACAACGGAACAGUUGGUGGCGGUCUACAGCAUACCAUGUCUAAAUUUCAAUGAGAGGUAUGUUGAUAAAAUGGGCAAACACCUCGAUACAAGAUUGCACGAACACCGACUUGAGAUCAACCGCAAUGACCAGCUUUAUUUGGUCUAUGGUCACAUACGAAAGCUAAAACACGAUUUCGCAUUUGAGAAAGCAAGUGUAACAGCUCGAGCCAAUGAGAAGGUGGCCAGACUGGUGCUCGAAAGUUGAUCCUCGACUGGCACACUUCAUCCCGUCUACCAGACGCCGCGUACAAGGCUCGGAUCAGUCCGGACAAGACCAGUAAAGCAAGUGAGCACGCGGGCCCGAGGGUCAACGCUCACGGAAAAGAGUGGAGUUAGGGGUCAGGAGUCAUGUGACCAAAGCCGAACACUGUCUCACCGAUGCGCCCGCGAAGUUGAAUGCUGCUCACACGAAGAGCAAUGACCGAUCCGUCCACCGGUUGACGUGGGAAAAUCCAAACGGCACGCUGAUCUGACUAAUAUGUGUGUAUAUAUAUGUUAUGGUAGUGGCGUUGGCCGAUCGUUCUUACGGAGCUCACUCAUUCUUUUGUGCCUUAUGGACUCUCUCUCGAGCCCAACCAGCAGCCAAACAGCAGCGCAUGGUAUAGACAGAACGAUAUUACCACACCUCGGGGUAGGGUAUGACUGGCUGACGACGGCUAAUAAGCCAGAAAUGGCAAUUCCAGUCUCCCUGAUCUUUCAAUUUGUAUAUAUAUUUAUAUGUAACAGCAGUAAUAAUAAUUGUAUUUAAUGCCUCUUUGCACACUCAGUUAAAGAAAGAUAAAGCACGGAUCGAACUGACAGUGAAAAACUCCUUACGAAUAAAUACAGGGGAUGGUGCUUUUAAAGUUUUGAUGGUUCAGAAGACGAAACCGCUGCCCGUGAACGUACGGUAGCCUAAAAAGGAGUGGAUAACACUGCUUCGGAUAUUUGCAGUCUAAACUCCUCCCAACGAAAUUGGUACUGGACCAAAUAGAGGCACUGAAAAACCGUUCUUCACUGACGGGUGAGGAAACUGUACCUGGCGAGACUGGCCAGAAGUAUCAUGGACCACGAACUCCAACAAUAAGGCAGAUUAAAUCGGUGGAUUCAGCAUCCUAGAUAUGUUGGAGAUUUUCUAAUUGCAAAAAGAACAAUAAUUCUUUUAAGCAAAGAAUGAUUUCAUAUAAUUUUUGCAUCCAUGUGUAAGCUAUUCCAAAAGGUAACUGUGCUAAUAGAAAAGAAACGAAUAUAUUUGACGGAACGUGCCAGAGGAAGAAAUAAAAAGACCGCACGGUGACUUUUACGUAGUGGGUGGCAAAGAUGUUUUAAAGUAGUAAGUGGGUCAAAAAUAUGAUCAUUUCAAAGCUACAACAGCACGAAUAGUUCCUUUUGUAACCGACAAAAUCAAAAGGAAGCUAGGCCGGUAAGCUCGCGGCGUUGCUGGUAGGUCAAGUAUUGGCGGUAUAGGGUUAAAACUCUCCUAGUAAAAAGUGUUUGACAGAUACUAUUUUCUUCCGCUCAUCAGGACUCACGAGCCUAAAUAAAAACGAACAGUAUUCCAGGCCAAGUUUGACGUACAGUUCACGGGGCGGAUCAUAAUACCGCUAGUUUUAACAUUUGUAAGUAUAAACCCGGUCGUUCUGCGUGCUCUGGAGACUAUCAGGACGCAGUGUUCCGAAAAAUUAAGACUCUUGGAGGAUAAUAUGCCCGGAUCCUCAAUAACUUCAUGCAAAUUUACGUCGUGACCGUCAAUACCUAGUUGAGGCUGAUGGUCAUCGCCAAUCAACAUAACUGAUCAUUGAUGCCAAGAAGGAGAAAGGCGCCAUGUGCAGCACCACUGGGCAAAGACCUGUAGGUCGCUCUUCGUGAGUUCGAGCACCGUAUCACGAUCUAUAUACACCUUUCAUAGCAUCGGCAUUUAUGGAGGGCUUAUCAUUCUGAAAUUAAUCUGACACGUCUUUGACAAACAGGCAAAAUGCGACUGGGCCAAGUACACCGCCCCGAAUGACUCCACCCCUCACGCAUGUUGAGCUGAAGAUACCAUUGGAAACCUUAAUUCGUUGUGUGCGAGCGCCCAGAUAAGAGGAUAUCAAAUUCAGAAUUUUACCAACUACUCCAAAAGAGGAAGCUUUUUUAGAGAAGAAGAGUAUGGUUAACACGAUCAAAAGCCUUAGUGAAGUCGAAAUAGACUGUGUAAGGUGCAAAAGCAUUGUCCCUAAAUUGGAGAACACGAUAAAAGAGACAGAGAGUUGGCAGGUGUCGCAAGACCGAUCUUUGGGUGAUCCAUGCUGAGCAGCGAUCAGUAGGUUAUUCUCUGUUGAGGAACACAUCAUCUUUUUUAUUCUAUAUCUCUAGGUUGUUCGAAAGUGCUGGGAGGGUGUUUAUUGGCCGAAAACCAUCAUAUAACAGAGUGACUGUUCACGAGGAUAGGUAAAAUGUGUGGUUUCUUCCACAAAGUAGGACAGGUUUUACUUCCAAGAGCGAGAUUAAAUAUCAGGCUUAGAAGGGAUGGGAAAGUUAUAUUGGCAUCCGUUUUUCGAAUGUUAUCUGGGACACUAGCAAGCCCAGGGCUAAGAAAUUGACGAAGACAGCGAAUCGCUACAGUCACGCCAUACGGGUGGAGAGUUUUGGUUUUUAGAAAGGUCCGCUCAAUGCCUGGAUGGUCGGAAACGGAGCGGUCGAGUUUUUAAUAAAACUUUUGAACAUGUAAGCAUCGAAACUGUCAGCGGUCAAGUGGGCGCCUGCUGAAGGAAGUCCACGAAAGUCUCGGAGGAUGGGAAGCUGCGUUUUUACAUGAGCCUUUACUUUUCAAGGAAAAGUUCUGCGACGUUAAAUAAGCGGUCUUAAGAGAAGCGAACCACUUCGGUUAGCCGCCUUUCUUCUGACAACCUCUUAGCUCACUCAAAAAUAUCACAUCACAGAACGGAAAUAUCCUUCUGAAGGUGGGCUCGACAAUAAAGUCUGCGUAACCUAUUGCGAAAGGGGUUGCCGGUGUAGUCGAUAGAUGUUGUUAUAUACAAGGCGUGUUGUUGCGUUGGAAGGUCUCAACAUCAAGACUAGUGGAGUUCACUACGGGAUUAACAAUGUCCUGACGUUAUGAGACCGAGGAUGAUGUUGAAGACAUGAAAAAAAGGGGCCAUUAUGUCGGCGUUGUCCUAAACACUUUCAGGUUGUUUAGUCUUCUGUGCACUGCUGUGGGAUCCGGGAACACAGAGCAACGCCAUUUAUGACAGAAUUCUAUGGUUAUCUCCUUUCCCGACAAGAUGAACUCGACUACUACCAAGGAGAAGAGAGUAACUAGUAUCUGCCAAUUAGGGCUGAGUGAAGGCAAUCGUUUAGCUUGCGCGACACUCAAACCUCAACCACAACUUUGCAGAAACAAAUGUGCAACCUUAAUAGCAGACAUGUGAAUCGGGAUGCCACGCAGUAUAAAAUUACAAGUAAAAAAAUAAAGAAUGGUGUAUAUAAAAAACCUAUCGUGGUCCCAUCAAAGCAAAUAAAUCUUUAUAUGAAUUUUAGAGGAGGUAUACAGAAUCUGUACAAAGUGCAGUUCAUAGCUCCUGCAUUAAUAGUCCGUUGAGAAAAAUGAUGAGCGGGCAGUGAAAAAAACUCCACUCAAGAAUUUAAAAAAUGACUGGAUUAACUUUACAGGGGCAAAAAAUGUCGUUCAUGAAAAGGCAAAAAAUGCAAGCAAGACUGGCUUGUACGUGGCGGUGCAUAACGGAUUAUAAUCGGACAUCGUCAGGGCAGAAAUGAAUGUCGCCAUGAGUGGUACGUAUGAGCGUCAGAUAAGACUGGCCUGUAUGUUGUGCUGUACAAGAGAUUCAAAACGGACAUUACGCGAUGUAAACCCAGAUAUCUGCGCGGCUUUGGCAGAGAUUCUAUCUGCAUGAGGAGAUAAAGGAAGUUUACUCGUAUAAAUUAAUCCUAAGUCCUUUAUGGUGAAGCAUGGUGAAAUUAGGUUAUUCUGAACGAUUAUGGGACCAGGGAGUUUGGCAGCACUAAAAGAUUUGAAAUCAAACUUGUGUAGUGACAUUCAAGUCUGUCUUGUUUUAAUCAGUUACAAAACGCUUUGAAACAACUUUGAAUAAGACAAAGAACACGCACGUGCACGUUUACCUGCUGACGACUUUGUUCCUAUUUACUAGGUUGUAACUGUUGGGAUACUGCUAUUUUCGAUUCCUGGAUAUCCUACUCGCUGUGCCCAACUAGUGGGUUUGUCUCUUAUACUUGGAUGAUGAAUACUCCAUUUUCCAUGUUGAACCCCAUCUGCUUGAGCGCGCUUAAUCGGCAUUAAUUUUUCAGCACAAACAUUUUCGAUGUCCAUAGAAUAUGAGUAAGCGCAUUUUAGGUCGUCGGUAUGAAUAAAAGUUUGCGAAUUUUUGAGUUAGGUCGAAAUAUCAUUGAUGUAAAGAAGGAAGAUUGGCGGAACCUGAACCGUGCCCUGAAUUACGUCACUUAUGAUCGGGCAAGGUGUCGAGUAGCUAUUACCGACAAUGACCUUCUGACACCGGUUGGGCAGAAAGGACUCAAUGAAGUCGAAUAGAGGCGGCCGGAUGUCGAGAGCUUCCAAUGUUACUAAAAGACGUCUAUGGGGCAACUUGUCAAAGGCUUUGCUAAGAUCGGAGUAGAUAAUCACCACUGACUGGUGUUCCUUACGAAGAGAAAUGAUUGGAUUACGAAAUGCCCAGUGGCAAGUUUCGUAGGAUAGUUCAGGUAAAAAUCCAUGCUGAUUAGAGCUCAGAAGCCGGUUAGUUAGACAGAAGUCAAGAAUUUCAUUGAAAAUUAUCCUUUCAAGAAGCUUUGCCAGAGACGGCGUUUCGUACGCGCACCGAUAGUUAUUAACAUCGGACCGAGAUCCAGACUUCAAGACGAGAAUGGUAAUUGACGUUUUCCACGUUUCGGGAAAGAAUCCUUUUGAAAUAUAAACUGAAAAUAAAUGACUGAGCAAUAUGGGGAGGUCAGGUGCCUGUGUAAUAAUCGAGUUUGGAAUCUCGUCCAUUUCUGAGCAAAGUGAAUUUUUCAAACGACUUCUGUAUUUCUUAAUGAGAUCUGAGGAGACAUCGAUUGUACUGAGCGUCCUAUCUGAAAGUGGGCGAAAGAUAGGGACUGGUUCGGACUCAUUAUUAAGGUGUUUUGCAAUGAGAGUACUAAACAACUCCGCCUUGUCAGCAUCAGUAAUGAGGAAGAUUUUGUUAUCGUUAAGCAAGGGUGGAAGUUCGUGACAACGCUUAGAGGAGGACCGAUGACAUAAUAUGUUAGCGACGGAUUUACCAGGGUUUGACGCACUGAGGGCAAGUGAACCUAUUUGUUUCUCGCACGCUUAGCGCAUCCUUGAGGCCAUUUCGAAAAUGUCUGUGAUUCUAAGAUGAAAUGAUAAGGAACUAGUGGAUAGGUCACGCAGCUGCCGUCCAGCUUUUAGUCUGUUGGGAAGAAAAUGGGGAACAAAGGAGUCUGAAGAAUAAGGCUUGAGAUAUCUACGCAGCACAAACUCUAGGAUGCUCUCGGAAACAUUGGCCAUGACGUCACGAAGAAUGGUUGCAUCGCUUCAGGAGAGGAAGCCACACCAGUCUAAAGAUCUAUAGAGUUAUUUAUUAAGUCAUUACCUACGCAAUCGUAGUUUAGGUAAGUCCGAACCAUACUAGUCUUGUUUUGAAAAGGGAAGCGGUAAGUAAGAAUGAAUUAAUACGUGGUCGCUGUCAAAGAGGUCCUAUUUGAAGGCAGAAAAAGAGGGCCGAGGUCAUUGGUAAAAUUUAGAUCUGUAUUGUUAUUAUCUGUUGUUCAAGAACGCACCAGUUGGGACUAUUAGGAAAAAUUGACAAUAGCCUGGAAGGGCUGGAAUCCAGGUGGACAGAUAUUGAAAACCCAGACUAUUUCAGGAAGGUUAAAAUCCCACUGAUUAUUUUAACAUCGAAAGCAGCUUCUGAAAUUAAUUUAAACAUUAUACGGAGUUGUGGAUCAUCACUGGCUGAGGUGUUUGGGGGAUUGAAGGUACAGCCAAUUAGUGCCUUUCUUUGCGGCGGGAGAAUAACAUAUGCAAAGCUGAGGUUUCCUGUAAAUGAGGAGACAUCCAGGCAAUAGGAAGUGUGCUUUAGGUAGAAUCUAAGGUAAAGAAUACAACCACUCCCACGCCCUGUCGUGCAGUUUUGAGGGUAAACAUCUAAGGCAUCUAUAAUAAGAGCAGAGUCAGGAAUUAGAGAAAGGAUCCGAGAGUCUGUUAUGCAUAUAAUAUCAGGCGUCAUUUCGAGAGAAAUGGCUCUGAAUUGGGCCAUUUUGUUUAUAGCAGGCCGGAUACUAUGCUUACAUUUCGUCAUCUUCUCAAUUUCGUAGCUCAUUACGCUAAUAACUUUGAACACUUGUCCAAAAACUUUGUUGAAUGUACUGAUUAUGUCGCCGGAUAUCAAGUGAUCCAGUAUUUCAGCUGAUAGAGUUCUGUUACGACUAGCAGAGACGUAGUUUUGAACGACUAAAGAGUCAAAAGGUUCUACAUGGACUAAUGGUAUUUUUGAGCCAGCCAUAUCUAUAGAAGGCUGCAAAAACACGCUGACACCCACGGUGCCUCCGGUCAUGAUUCUAACACUGAGGAAUGGCGAGGAGACCGUGAGCUCUCAUCUUCUAGCGAGUUUUAUUCGGGGCACUGUAAAGUAUUAGACAGGUUUCUCCCUGUGGUACAAAAAUCAAAGGAUUGCUAACAUACAAUAAAACACACAGAACAGCAAAUACACUGCAGAUUUACUACUGUAACUAGAAAUAGGGGUUCGGGUGGCUGACACGGAAAAACAUGCACCUAAGCAUACCAUCACUCUCCCUGGUCCCAAAGGACACAGAUCGGGAUUAUAUACGCCAAGAGAAAAAUUAGGCGGCAUGUGUCCCAAAUAACGCGGCGUGAACCGGCAAAUAGGCCUGCCACCACACCCAAAUUUUGGUAUUUGCUUUGGGCAAGCAAUCCCGACAAUAGAUAGAUAGAUAAUUUUUAUUAAAGACCCGUCGGGGUCCCAUCAAAGCAAGUUAAAAUAAAUUUACAUGCGAGUUUUAGACGAGGUAGGCCGAAUCUUUACAAAAUGCAAUUCAUAGUUUCUGAAUUAGAAGUCCAUUGAGAAACAUGAUGAUUGCGGGGUGAAAAAAAAACUCCUUACAAAAAGUUAAAAAUGAUUGGAUUAAGUUUACCGGAAAAAACCCUCAAUAAAAAUAAUAACAGAAAAAAGGCGAGCAGGACUGGCCUGUAGGUGGCGGUAUAUAACGGAAUGUUGUCGGUCAUCGUCAGGGUUGCAAUAAAUCUCAGCCUUGUGAGGUACGAAUGUGGGUCAGACAGGACUGGCAUUGUAUACGGGAUUCACAAUUGAGAUCGUCUGGGCCGGAUAGAUACGCCGCAUUAAAGAGGCCAGACGAGAGGAACCCAGAUGCGAUCGGCCACAGCACGCUUCGAGCUCAACCGAGCAGAGGGGAAGGGAGGUACGACCGAACUACUAGUAGACAGUGAAUACUGAGGAUUCCGCCGUGAGCGUCGACAGACCGCAUGAGGUCAAAUUGCGGGAGAUGACAUCAAAAACCGCGAAAAUUGUCGCUAUGGGGGAGGAGUGAUGGCAGUGGAUUUAGAAACCAAUUCAAAACAGGGGUUUCUAAUAAUAUAAAUAAGAGUUACCACUAGACCUAGCACUAAAUCCCAGGAGGACCCUACUCGUAUUCAAGUAUCAGAGUGUUCGGGAAUGAGACCGUUACCAGUGCCUUUAUGCUUUCCGGUGUAAGAUGUUUACGUAAUUUCGACUUGAAUACCAGUAAUUUAGGAUAUAAUCUAAUUUCGGGCGGACUAGGAGCUGGACUAUGAGUCGCGUCGUUUUAGUUUGCCUGCCUCAUGCCCAUUUCAGUGACACGCACACAGCCGACGGGUUGUCCGACCAUGAAACUCUCUAUCAAGUGAGAUGGUGACGGCCGACACCAUUCGCAUGUUUAAAAGAAAACUUGCUGGUGUAAUUUUAGGCGAGACUGGUUUUAAUAACAUGACUGCUCACAGCCAGAUUAGUAAAAACAUUGCUAUACACAAUCUUUCAAAAAUGCCUCACGGUGCACAGAUGUGUUUCCUUAUAAUUAAUGUUGGUUUGUGAACCGAUCACACUCUAAGGGUUUGAAACAUCGUUUUAAGUGCGAAUAUGCGACAUUAUUGUAGACAAAUAGGGUUAUCAAAGGAUCUGCCUCUAAACUUUCAAAUGCAUACAUAGAUAAUUGCCUGGCGCAGCCGGUCCACCACUUCGGUUUACCGGGUGCGUAAAGUAUGUGAUGACCUUGCUGUUUUAUUUGGAUUUUCUCUAUGAAAGUUCGAAUCUCUGUAUAUUUUUCAUUUCUGGUCUCCGUUAUACAACGACAGGCUGCAGUUUAUAAGCCGUCACGGAAUUUAAUGAUUGCAAUAAAUUCUGUUGUCUAUGUAUGUUUCAAAUGUCUUCUGUGUCAUGCAUGUAUGGUUGUCGAUUUCUUCUACACCCUUUCGCCUAGAUGAAUGCGGCGGCACGUUUAAAAGCUCUCUUCAGCCCAGGAUUAGCCAGAAUUUAUUCCCAGUGUUCCGCAUAGUCGGUGCGUGCUACCUUCGACGUCAUCAGCCGCUACAAUCUCACAAGAGCAUCCUCCCCGAACCUGUACAAAUUUGUCCAAUUAGAUUAUGAGAUAUGAGAUACGCAUUUAAACAUGGUGUGCAGUUGGGAUGGGGGCCUUUUGAUUGUAACGCUCCAUCUCAUCGAUACGGUUGUAUGAGUAAGGAAACGCUUUUUAGCACCUGAUCUAGGAUGGAGAUGACGUAACCACGUGCUGGUGAAGAUGGCCGGCGUCCCCUCCUCUCGCUACUGCCCACGCCCUUUCAGCAACGUACCGUGACGCUCGUAUUGUUCUCCCUCUCUCUACGUCGACACCUCCUUCAGCCCUUUCUUGCAGUUGCCCACAGCGCUGCGUUCCCCACUGGUUUAUUAGCUGGCAUGUUGGUAUCGCCUCUCCACCCAGACAGGUUGCUCCACAGUUGUAACCCGUCCUGCUUGUACUAUUAACUAUUAGUAUCCGCCUUUCCAACCCCCAUAUCUGCCCAUUAUACCUUCUCGUCUACUUGGCGUUGCUUCUUCUUUUCUGUGCGGAUGAGUAUCGUGACUUACUAACGGCCCUAUUCAGGUCAACGUUAGCCAGGGUCUCUUGCCAGUGCUUCGCUACUUGGGUGUGUGCUACCUUUGACGUCCUCGGCCGUUACGUGAUGACUAGGGGGUAGUACCGGCACAUAAUACCGGAUCUUCGGCCUUUUGGAGUGAGCUUUACGUUGGAGCUAAGUUGGCCUAUGUGCCAGAUUUGAGAUCAUUGGGAAAUGUUGACGUUAUUAAUUGGGGAGGAUAAAUUACGAGUCAAAGCCCUCUGAGGAGCACACGUCCUCGUCUCAACGGGUGAUGGGAACAUUGCCCAGUCCGAGGGGUCGUUCAUAUUUUCCAGCACGACUGACUAACAGUGCUGCACUAUUUCGAGUGUAGAUUGCGCGGGCGCGUUCUUUACGAACGCAUUUACGUAGACUGCGCUCAAGAAUCAGUCUCUCAACUAAAAUGCUUCCGUUAUUUUGUUUUCCGAGGACCGAAAUGAACUGAAUCGUCUGCUGAGAUUCCAGCGACUGGCCCGCCGUUUGGUCCGCCCUGGGCCGGUCCAUUUCAGACCUUGGGAAGCUAAUGAGGGUCAUCUACGCUACAGGCGUGCCCGCGCCAUCUGUACUGCGAAAAGUGCAGUAUUAUGCAUCACUUAUGCUACAACUAAAAUAUUAACAACCCAUCGAACUGCACCAUGUCCCACCCCAGUUUCACUCAUCCCUUGAGUCGGAAGCACGUGCCAGCGUGGGUGUUGCGGAUCGUGGGUUAAGAUUUAACCUUAGCUUAUCCCCAACCCCCUCUCCAUGAACGUUAUCCAGUACAUCCCUGUAAGAAUAAGCGUUCUAAAACCAACAUCUCAUUGACCUACAGCAUUCUUUUUGCACACGCCGCGUUGAACUCGUUCUCUGAGUCGCCCACCAGCAUUAGCCAGAUUCCCGCUUGGGUGCUUUUUAAUGCCAGCUGGUGGUGGCCGAUUAAAUAAACUCAAACGAGCAAUUAAUAUACACUUGGGCACUCAGUUGCUUUGCUUAAGCCGAGGUUCCAUGCCUUCGAACGAUCCGCUGCCCCAGGCUUACCAACCGGCUGCGCUUUAAACGGACAGUCUCGAAAAUAUUAGUUGUCGUCGAAGUUUGUUACGAGCGAAAAUGCUUUUUGCCGGUUUUCUACGUCCUGUACGUUGCUGUCAACUACGACUCGUGUUGUGCGCUGAUAGACGGGAACUUUGUUCUUAUUGUCACCGAAGUCACUUUCCUUGUCCUCUGCGCCCGUUUUAUUUUCCGAACAAAUUCGGCCAAUCUGUCUAUUCUAGCCCACUCUGUCCUGAAACUCCGUUAAAAUUCAAGUAUUUUCAGUGCACAGGCAUAAAACAAGGCAUCAAACUUUUUUGGUUCUUCCCUGCUGUCGAUUUACUGCGAUUCUAUGUGGAAGACCAAUCAAAGUUUAGAACUACCUCAGCCUUUAACGUUAACAUGGAUUCUUGAGAGCAACAUGUUUUUGAGGAUACGGCUUUAAAAUAAGUGGACUGUAACGAUCAGUAUGUCCUAUCUACUUCGUGUCUUAUUUCAACCGUUGUGUCUCCAUUGACACCAUUUACAUGUCUACGUCCCCUGUAGCCCCUUUGAGGAUUGAAGCUGGUUACUCGAAAUCAGCAAACCAGUCAAAAACGAUGCAGUCCUGGGACAAGGAAAUCUAUAACUACAAGGGAAGGUGCGAGUUCCAGGAACUAGUUGAUCAAAAGAAGAAGAAGAAGAAGAAGAAGAAGAAGAAGAAGAAGAAGAAGAAGAAGAAGCGAUCGCUGGAUCAAGGGCUUUAUUCGCCUGACGUUUCCGAUCCUCACUUGAACCCAGCAUCAGAGACAGUGGCGGAAAAGGGUGACUUGCGCACAGGAAGUUGCAGUAUUUACAGGAUUCAGUCGCUGUGCUACUGCAUGCCUAUAGCAAUUAACCGCGCUCCCCUUCAUCAAGGAUUGCUGCUCGCUGAUGCGCUAAUUGCUCGGUGGCGGGCAUGCGAGUCGCUACUUGCUGAAAUCUCAUCACCCGUGUUGGGUGCUGGCGUGGUGAUUGCUCGGCCAUCUGACUCACCGUCUUGCGCGCUCCCCGAGUGGUCAAUUACUUUGGCCAGCCUAUACCUCAGCACGGAAGAUGGAGUGGGGAUGUGGUUGCACUUGUUGAUAGACUGAGGUCCUGUAAACCAUGACUCAAGCAACUCGCUGCUCACGCGAUUAUCCCCUCUCGCGAGCAUUUCGGCCUCAUCGAACUUGAAUGUGUGGUCGGGUCUCGUCGGAUUGUCCGCGACCUGAAAGUUGGCGUAAUUUCCCCGUACCGCUGCCACCUGUUCGGCAAUUCGCGUCCGGAGCAGUCAUCCAGUUUCUCUGACGUAAUUGCUUUGUCCGCAACUGCACGAGAUCCGGUAAACGACUGUAGAUGUUUCUUGCCGUGGCAGUGGGUCUUUUGGUCUCAUCACCUGACGCCUCAUGGUGGCCUCCGGUCUGUGUGCAACUCCAACACCAAGUGGUGCAAGAAAGCGACUGACGGCCUCGGAGACGAGGACAUCAAGGAAUGCCAAAUUUCUGACCGCUGAUUCGGACACCACCGUCUGUUUGUCAACAAAAUUCCUGGAGAAGCUUAAAGGAGUAAGUCUCUUGCCAAAUGAGGUCAUGGUAUCUUUUGAUGUCACGUCCCUCUUUACUCCUAUCCCCCAGGAUCUGGCAAUCGAGACCGUCGAGCUACGCCUACGAAGCAAAUACAAUAAAACAGAGAAUCGUCUCGGACAUGCCCAAGUCCUUCAGCUCCCAAAUUUCUGUCUCAGGACGUACUUUACGUUUGACGGAACAAUCUACGAGCAAGUGAAGGGAACACCGAUGGGCUCGCCGAUUUCGGGAUUCAUCGCCGAGGCGAUCCUACAGCGGUAAGAGUCGCUGGUCUUCCAACACCACAGACCGAAAUUCUGGGCUCGGUAUGUGGACGAUACCUUCGUCGUCAUCGAAUGGGAUCAGGUGCUAGCAUUCAAAAACGUCUCAACAGCGUCUUCCCGGACAUACAGUUUACGAUGGAGGAGGAAGAAAAUAACCAGCUAGCAUUCCUUGAUGUCCUCGUCUGGCGCAAACAUUGUGGUGGCCUAAAGAGCAAAGUGUUCAGAAAAGCGACGAACACGACGCAAAUGCUGAACUUCAACAUUAAGCACUCGACGCAGUUGCGUAAGAACGCUUUAUCGGCCUGUAAAGACGCACUGCAGUGAACCGGAAGACAAGGUUGCCGAAUCCCAAUAUCCUCGACGGGUUUUCAGAGGAAAUGUUUACCCGCGUAACUUCGUCAACCGGUGCAUGCGCAAACGAGACGAUGGACAAAAUCGUGCCGACCCCAAAUUCUGACGAGCGGUCCCAUACAUCAAGAACGUCUCCGAGGCCGUCAGUCGCUUUCUUGCACCACUUGGUGUUGGAGUUGCACACAGACCGGAGGCCACCAUGAGGCGUCAGGUGAUGAGACCAAAAGACCCACUGCCACGGCAAGAAACAUCUACAGUCGUUUACCGGAUCUCGUGCAGUUGCGGACAAAGCAAUUACGUCAGAGAAACUGGAUGACUGCUCCGGACGCGAAUUGCCGAACAGGUGGCAGCGGUACGGGGAAAUUACGCCAACUUUCAGGUCGCGGACAAUCCGACGAGACCCGACCACACAUUCAAGUUCGAUGAGGCCGAAAUGCUCGCGAGAGGGGAUAAUCGCGUGAGCAGCGAGUUGCUUGAGUCAUGGUUUACAGGACCUCAGUCUAUCAACAAGUGCAACCACAUCCCCACUCCAUCUUCCGUGCUGAGGUAUAGGCUGGCCAAAGUAAUUGACCACUCGGGGAGCGCGCAAGACGGUGAGUCAGAUGGCCGAGCAAUCACCACGCCAGCACCCAACACGGGUGAUGAGAUUUCAGUAAGUAACGACUUGCAUGCCGGCCAUCAAGCAGCAACAAUCACGCAAGCAUCCAACGCGGGUGAUGAGAUUUCAGCAAGUGACAGCUUGCAUGCCGGCCAUCAAGCAGCAAUCAUCACGCCAGCAUGCAACACGGGUGAUGAAAUUUCAGCAACUGACAACUUGCAUGCCGGCCAUCAAGCAGCAAUCAUCACUCCAGCAUCCAACAGGGGUGAUGAGAUUUCAGCAAGCGACAACUUGCAUGCCGGCCAUCAAGCAGCAAUCAUCACUCCAGCAUCCAACAGGGGUGAUGAGAUUUCAGCAAGCGACAACUUGCAUGCCGGCCAUCAAGCAGCAAUCAUCACGCCAGCAUCCUACACGGGUGAUGAGAUUUCAGCAAGUAACAUCUUGCAUGCCGGCCAGCGGGCAGCACUUCUUGGUGAAGGGGAGCGCGGUUAACUGCUAUAAGUAAGCAGUAGCACAGCGACUGCAUCCCUUAAAUACUGCAACUUCCUGUGCGCGAGUCACCCAUUCCCGCCACUGUCUCUGAUGCUGGGUUCAAGUGAGGAUCGGAAACGUCAGGCGAAUAAAGCCCUUGUUCCAGCAAUCGCUUCUUCUUCUUCUUCUUCUGAACAAGGAAAUCUAUGUUGUCCCUGCUGCACCAGUUGGAUCGACGUUUGCGCUUUUCGUUCAGUUGCUGCAAGGCUAACUUAUGUUUACCCUUUAGGUCCCUCAAAAAACGGUGCCAAUUCCUUUUUCUGCUGCUUCGACUAG